GUGUGAACGAGGAAGUCAAUAUUUUAGGGGAAGCCAGCGUAAGCUGUCUUUUGUUUUGUUUUGUCUUUGUUUUUCUGUACCAAAUUGAUAGUCAUUUAUAUUAGUGUAGCCAAAUAGAUUAGUUAAUAAGUUAAUGGUUAUCUAAUUUAUUUCUAUUAAGUUUAUUUUUUUUUCGAAAAGUCGGCGACAUUUGACGUUUAGUUUCAGUUAGCCUUUCCUGCUAACAACAGAGCUAGCAGGCCUGAAGGCCAUCUGUCCAUUGUGUUCCCGUCAGUCAGUACUCAUCCUGUUUUUAUCAAGCAGCUACUUUUAAGGCCGGACGUCGUCGGGAAACAUUGGAUACCACCGUGAACAAAGCGUCAGGACCGCUGUCAUCCGUUCACCACCGAGGUAACGCCGGCUGUACCGGCUAGCGGCUAUUAUUUUGGUCAGUCAGCUGGCUGAUCUUAUUACCGGAGUGCUGUCCGACACACUGACAAUAAAGCAACACUGCAACGCACAAUAAGGAGAUUGGGUGACCAUGUAUGCCCCGCCGGGUUCUACAGUUCCUGGAGGCCGGAGGAGGAGAGGAGGAACCUCCCUGCCCAAACAGCCGGAGCGCAGCCUGGUGUCGGCUCUGCCCGGAGCUCUGUCCAUCACAGCGCUGUGUACGGCUCUGGCUGAACCAGCCUGGCUCCGUGUCCACGGAGGCACCUGUCCGAGGCAAGAGCUAGGGGUGGCACAUGUCCUCGGGUACAUUGACCCUAAGCUUCUGGAUGAUUACUGUGUGAACCCGCAGACCAUCUUGCUGCUGAGGGUAAUCGCCGCCUUCUGUUUCCUGGGCAUCCUGUGCAGUCUGACUGCUUUCCUCUUGGAUGUGUUUGGACCCAAGCACCCAGCCCUCAAGAUCACACGCAGAUAUGCUUUUGCACAUAUUCUUACAGUGUUGCAGUGUGCCACAGUCAUAGGGUUUUGCUACUGGGCCUCGGAGCUGAUCCUGUCUCUACAGCAGCAACACAAAAAGUACCACGGAUCCCUCAUAUAUGUCACUUUUGCCAUCAGCUUCUACCUGGUGGCGGGCGCGGGCGGAGCAUCUAUCCUUGCCACAGCUGCAAACCUCUUGCGCCACUACCCCACCGAGGAGGAGGAGCAGGCCUUAGAGCUGCUCUCGGAGAUGGAGGACAGCAGCGAAACUUUUCCUGCCGAUUAUGACAUUGCAAAUCAGUUUCAGCCACCGCCUGCCUACACGCCCUAAUGCCGCCAGACUGGCCUUGCUAACAUGUUUCUCUCUCAGCACAGCUAUUAGCUUGAUGAGCAAAACCCCUCUCUUUAUCAAACGGAUAUCUUUGCAAAUACUCUUCGCAAUGAACAUGGCGCGUGCACAGCUCGUGCGCAGAUUCCUUGAAUGACAGUGCUUGGGUGCAUGAAAGCUUUCUUUGGUGGCGACAGAAAUUUAGGAGAUAAUUCUUACUUUUGCCACUGAAGUGGUUAGUGAUUUGCAUGUAAAUGGCUUUUAGGAUUUGGUCCUUACAUGUAAAGAAAACUAAACUGCAAGGAGUGCUCAACACGGCUCAUCACAAGUAGUUUGUGAAACAGCCACAGCCUGAUCAAUGCCAAUUAUUGAAGCAGGGCUGUCAGCAAUUGUGUUGCGCUUGAUUGGACGUGGAUGUAGCUUUGUUAAGCAGCGAUUUGAUUUAAUUUGACGUGCUUGCCAUGUGUAUGAUUUUGUUUUACUGAUACACCAUAGAUGCAGAAAUACACUGACAAGAUUGUUUUAGACAUUUAUUUUAUAUAAAGCAUCAAAUGGACCUUAUUUAUUGCCUUUGCUGUUCUUUUUGUGUUUCUUUUGCUUUGUUACCCAUCUAUCACUGGUAUAGUCUUUGUUCACUUCUGUACUUGAAAUAACAAGAGAAUUGUCAUGAAUGUGGCACAGGCCUUUGUGGUUUUAAAAGGAUUGCAGCAUUUGUUUGAGUUGAGUGCGAGUGCCCGGGUGUCGAUGGAGAAACGUUUGUGUGUUUCACAGUAAGAGUGACAUUUAGUAACAGACUUCAUGUUUCUUGUAUUUGUGUUCCAAAAGAAGCAUUAUUUGUACUUUGUGAUUACCAUUGUGUGACGGUUUCAGUAUGUUUUUCCUAUGCAUGAGUUCUUUUGUGUGCAGAUGUUAAACUUUGAGUCAGGAUCUUAUGAGAACAUUUCACAUAAGGUGCCAUCUGAGGCUUGAAAUUGUGACUGACGUGAUUUCUAGUUGGCUGUAUAUUGUUCUGUUGAUGUCAUUUUUUUCUGCAAUUUGUUCCUCGAGCUGUCACUUUCAUCACCAGUAUGUAAAUAUUGAUCGUUUAUACAUAAAAAAAAGUGGUCAUAAUAAAGUAAAUGCCAUA